ACUGAAGGUUUCUCUGAAGCUUAAUCUUCAAGAUGAAGCUCUUAGUAGCAGUUUUCUUUUUCGUCUCAUUCUCCUUAUGGGUUGAAGAAGUCUGUUCCAAAGAGAAGUCUUCAAAGAAAGGAAAGGGGAAAAAGAAGCAAUACCUAUGUCCAUCCCAGCAAUCAGCUGAAGACCUUGCAAGAGUACCUGCUAAUUCUACCAGCAAUAUCUUGAAUAGGCUAUUGCUCAGUUAUGAUCCCAGGAUAAGACCUAACUUCAAAGGAAUUCCAGUCGAUGUUGCAGUCAACAUCUUCAUUAACAGCUUUGGGUCAAUUCAAGAAACAACUAUGGAUUACAGAGUCAACAUCUUUCUAAGACAGAAGUGGAAUGACCCCAGACUCAAACUUCCCAAUGACUGGAGAGGUUCAGAUACACUGACAGUGGAUCCAACUAUGUUUAAAUGUCUCUGGAAGCCAGACUUAUUCUUUGCAAAUGAAAAGAAUGCCAACUUCCAUGAUGUCACACAAGAAAAUAUCCUUCUUUUUAUAUUUCGAGAUGGAGAUGUCCUAGUCAGCAUGAGAUUGUCUAUUACUCUAUCAUGCCCUUUGGACUUGACGUUGUUUCCUAUGGAUACACAGCGCUGCAAGAUGCAAUUGGAAAGCUUUGGUUACACAACUGAUGACUUACGGUUUAUCUGGCAGUCUGGAGAUCCUGUACAGCUAGAGAAAAUUGCUCUGCCUCAGUUUGAUAUUAAAAAGGAGGAUAUUGAAUACGGUAACUGUACCAAGUACUAUAAAGGCACAGGUUAUUACACUUGUGUAGAAGUAAUCUUCACUUUAAGAAGACAAGUUGGAUUUUACAUGAUGGGUGUUUAUGCUCCUACACUGCUAAUUGUUGUUCUGUCCUGGCUGUCAUUUUGGAUCAAUCCUGAUGCAAGUGCUGCAAGAGUCCCACUGGGUAUUUUCUCAGUGCUGAGCUUGGCAUCUGAAUGUACCACUCUUGCUGCUGAACUUCCCAAAGUGUCUUAUGUGAAGGCCUUAGAUGUCUGGCUGAUUGUUUGCCUUCUCUUUGGGUUUGCAUCCCUGGUGGAGUAUGCUGUGGUUCAGGUAAUGCUAAACAAUCCAAAGAGAAUUGAAGCUGAAAAAGCAAAGAUUGCCAAGGCAGAGCAAGCGGAAGGGAAGGGUGGAAAUGCUGCCAAGAAGAACACUGUGAAUGGUACAGGGACUCCUGUCCACAUCAGCACUUUACAGGUUGGUGAGACCAGAUGCAAAAAAGUUUGCACUUCGAAAUCUGAUCUGAGAUCCAAUGAUUUCAGCAUCGUUGGAAGCUUGCCAAGGGAUUUUGAAUUGUCGAAUUAUGACUGUUACGGGAAGCCCAUUGAAGUCAACAAUGGGCUCGGGAAAUCUCAAGCCAAGAACAACAAGAAGCCUCCUCCUCCCAAGCCUGUCAUUCCAUCAGCAGCAAAGAGAAUCGAUCUUUAUGCAAGAGCACUGUUCCCUUUUUGCUUCUUGUUCUUCAACGUCAUAUAUUGGUCCAUAUAUUUAUGA